GGAAGCACGCAUGCGCAGUGGGUCUGUGCCCGGUGUGAACAUGGCGUCUGUCAGGAUGAAGCCGUGCGUGUUGUCGGUUUUACUCCUCCACGUUUUCUCCGGCGUCGUGUCCUCGCUGUAUUUCCACAUCGGGGAGACGGAGAAGAAAUGUUUCAUCGAGGAGAUUCCGGACGAGACGAUGAUCAUCGGAAACUACCGCACCCAGCUGUACGACAAGCAGCGGGAGGAGUACCUGCCGGCCACUCAGGGUCUGGGCAUGUUCGUGGAAGUCAAGGAUCCUGAUGACAAGGUGAUUCUGUCCCGUCAGUACGGCUCCGAGGGGAGAUUCACCUUCACGUCGCACACGCCAGGAGAACAUCAGAUCUGUCUGCACUCCAACUCCUCCAAGUUCUCCCUGUUCGCUGGAGGCCUGUUGAGGGUUCACCUGGACAUCCAGGUGGGCGAGCACGCCAACAACUACGCUGAGAUCGCCGCCAAAGACAAACUGACGGAGCUGCAGCUGAGAGUGCGGCAGCUGGUGGAGCAGGUGGACCAGAUCCAGAAGGAGCAGAACUAUCAGAGGUACCGGGAGGAGCGUUUCCGUCUCACCAGCGAGAGCACCAACCAGCGAGUCCUGUGGUGGUCCAUCGUCCAGACCCUCAUCCUGGUCGCCAUCGGCAUCUGGCAGAUGAGACACCUCAAGAGCUUCUUCGAGGCCAAGAAGCUGGUGUAACCCCUCUGUGUGUGUCUGUGUGUGAGUGUGUGUGUCAGAGAGUGUGUGUGUGUGUCUGUGUGAGAGUGAGAGUGUGUGUGUGUGGUCUCUACUGAUGAAUUACUGAGCGGCGGCGGCGGCUGCUGUCGGGAGGAAAAACUGCUGAGGAGAUGUGACACAUGAGAAUCCAGCAGCACAAUUUGGCUUGAAAACAACAUUUUCAUCAUCAUCAUUAUUAUUGUUGUUGUUAAUGUUCUUGUUUCCUCACACACUGUUUGUAACGAGCCCUUCACGUUUGCAGCAGACGAUCAGGUGUCAGAUACGUUUGAUUUCUUUAAUUUAAGUUCAGCAGUAGGACAAAUUAGUCUGCGUCAGUCGGGAAGUUAAAACCGUGUGUUUCACAGUUCUGCAAUUUUCUUUUAUUAUUAUUGUAAAUUGUCCCUUUUUCUUUGGUGUUACUUACUCAAAGUACUUGACGUGUUACUGGCCACUAGAGUUUAUAUGAACUUUCACUUUGAAACUGUUGAUUGACUCCUUGGUCCCUGAGUGACGGCUGGAACUAGAAUCUGGAUUCAUCUGUAGAAGAGUUGGACAGGUUUUUGUUUUUGUAUCUUCACCGGAUCAGAUGAUUUCAUAAACUAAAUAAAAUGAGGUGAAAUGUUGAAGCUCACGAUUUUGUUGAUUAAGAUGAAUAUGAUAGAAAGUCUUGUUUAACUCUGCAUACAAAGAGAUUAGAAGCGGUGUGAAAUAUACUUGAUGUUAAUGAUUUGUUCACAGUUUAUAUUAGCAGGAUUAAAACGUGAUCAUCAGGCAGCAGAUCAGGGAUGAAUCAGAACUGUUUAACUUAAAAAAAUAUAUUGAUUUAAAAGUUCAGAUUUUGCAGUUUAAACUAAAAACAGAUCAACUCAUUAAAAGUAUUGUUUGAAGCACAAAUGCUGAAUAUUUGAUGGUUAAAUCUCCUCAAAUUUAUGGAUUUGAUUGUUUUCUCCGUUACACACUUAAAUAACAAACCCCUGACGUAACCUUCUGCUGUCGGACAUCGUGAUCGGUGUUCGUUAACCUGAAGUGAAGUUUUUCUGAUAAAUCUGAGAAAGAUUUGCUCAGAUUAUCAGACACAUCCUCUUAAUAAAUGUCUUCAGACCGUUUUCGCUCCAGUGCUAACAUCAGACUUCGUGUUCGUUCAGCAGCUCAGGUUGAUUCACAGUUUGAUGUUUGAGGAUCUGGGACAUCUUUUACAGUGUGAGACGCUGGUUAAAUCCCGUGAUCAUGAUGCAGUAAACUCUGGAUCAGGUGAAGAUGCUCCCGGUUCAGCAGGCGGAGGUGUUUUUAGUGUUUUAUUCUUUCAGCCUGACUCAGUGAUAUUCUACCAAAACCUUUUUUCUGUUUGUUACUUUGUUCAACUGAGUGAAUCUACAUUUUGUACAGUGUCCAGAGUGAAUGUACCUUUCUGUUCAUCUGAGUCUGGUGUUUAAAUUAUUAUCUGAAUAAUUGGGCUCGUUAAGACGUCCGUUCUUCCUGUCAGAGGAACAUUGUCUCCAUAUUUUUAUCAGAUGGUUUAUUUGUUGACUUAUUGUCGACCAACAAGGUUUAGAAAUUCCACACGCUGUUUCUCCUGUAUUAAGUCAGCUCAGUUUCCAUAUUAAUUUUAAUGAUAUAUAUAUCUCGUAUCUGAGUCCAUCACCAGCUCAGACGACCUUUUCUCACUUCAGCUGCAGAAAGACAGAAAUAUAAAUCAUGAAAUUAAACCACUUCAAGUUCUCAGACUCUUCACUGAGCAGAAUCCUCAAAGUCCUGAGGCUCCGAACGCUUGGCGACAAGUUUGUUCAGUGAAACUGUUUCUGAGGAACAAGUGAAAACGUUUCUCUUCCUCCUCAGUUUUCUCUUCAUGUUGUUUUGUUCUCUGGUGGUUUGUGUUAAACAGGUGAAUGUUGCUGGAACGAUUUUUUAGAUUUUGAAUCAGCGGUGAAAAGGGGCAUGAAUUAAUUUUAUUUUCAGAGAUUCUGUCCGUGUGAAAUCAGUCGGAAAAGUUGCACUCGAAAUAAAGUUUGUCAAAUUUGGUUUAA